AUGAUAUACAUAACGGUACUAAAAACCCCAUGGCACUACUUGAACAAAUCUGGCUGUGUGGGCUACGUGUGGUUAGAGCAGGCAGGACUCGGAUUCAGGACUGCGUGCCGGAUUGCGAGUCCCACGCUCUGGCCACCCGACCACGUCGCCUACUCAAAUUUUCAACACUUUUUACGUUUUAUGUUUGUUUUCUUUUAUCUUUUUUACAGAGAAUCGCUCAGAAAGUACAUGGGAACGUGUAGCAGACGUUUUUCCCGUGUGCGCAUGUCCUUGUGUGGAAGGCGUGGAUUCUUUGUUGCCAUUAUUUAUAUCCUAACAUUCGCUGUUGUACUUCCAGUCUUGUGUCACAAACUUGGUUUCUCGACCUAUUUCGCCAAGCCUAAGGAGCCUUACAAGCUGCUAGAAAUUCAAAACGACGAAAGAACUAAACAUGCCAGGGAAAAUCUGGAAACUUUAAAACAAAGGACCAAGCCCCUUAGUCCCAAGCAAUCGAAACAAAUCGAGUUCUUGAUAGUAGUCCUGACUGCUUAUCGCGCGGCAAACACGCAUUAUUUAUUGCAAGUGACCGCUCGUUUGCUUCCUCAAGUUAGAGACGAUGGAGGGAGAAGUAUUAUUACUAUUCUGAAUUCUGAUCCUAAAUCGGGGCUGAACGAAGAUGCUCAUUAUCUAUCAAGCUUUAUAACUUUGACAAAUAGUUCAGCCCCUCUUACUUCUAACUUGAGGUCUCGCGAAAAAGAAGACUAUGUCGUGGGUCUAGAAACUGUCUUACAGUACAAUUCUACCUACGUUUUAAUGAUUGAGGACGACGCCCUGCCAUCAGAAAAUCUGCUGAAGGAUCUUCGCUUUGUUUUAAGACAUAAGAUGCCGUGGAAAUUUUUAAAAACGCGCCGAGAUUGGGCGUUUUUGAAACUCUAUUACCCUGAGAAGUGGCAAGGCUUCGGAUGGCCUGAGUUACCAGAACUUAUAUUGGUUGGUUUUCUUGGGGGAUGUUUCGGCGCGUGGAUAGAAAUAAAAUUGGAAAACCCUUUAAGAUUUAAAAAACAAUAUAUUAUUUGUGCUUUUAUAGUGUGGUCAACGUACUUUGUCCUGGUUGUUUAUACUGUUGGUAGAGCUCAUUUGAUAGAAUUAAGAAAGCUCUCCCCAGUCCUGUAUUCCGUUGUCAAGGCUCAUGGAUGUUGCACACCUGGGGUUCUUUAUCAGAGAUCUCGUGCGCUGGAGCUCGCUAAAUUUUUAAAGUCAGUGAACUGUAAUGAUGCAUAUCCCAUGGAUGUUGCUAUUGAUGACUUCGCAAAGAAUAGCAGUCUGCAACGGUACGUGGUUAUUCCAAACAUGGUCAGCCACAUUGGUGUUCAUUCAAGUCUCAGUAACAGCCUCAAACAUUUUGCAGAAUUUUUCUUAAUGUUUAAACCGUAG